GGUGGCAAGUAGCUUGGGAGGCGGCGUGGGCGGAGGCGGCGUUGGCGGCACAGAAAGUCGCUGGGAUGUGAGCGUAGCGGUGGGCGUGACGGCCAUGGCCGGAGUCGCCUUGGCCGCCGCCAUCAUCAUCACUUCUCGGAGGUAAUCUCCAUUGGAGAACUAAUCUCCAGAGUAGGUAAUCCAGGGGAAGUAAUGAGGGCUCUCCGGCGAUCUCAAACCUCCUCCUCGUCCUCUUCGCUUCCCUCUUCCUCGUCCUCGUCCUCGUCUUCUUUGUCAUCGUCUUCCUCUCCCCAUUCUUCUUCUAGUUCUUCGCCGUCAUGGGUCCCUUUGCGGUCGCUUCUGAUUGUCGUCUCCUCCUCACCAGCGCCUGAUCGAGGUAGUAUUAGAUCACCAUGGUCACGAAGGAAACGGAAGCAUGCUCUUUCUCGACAGCAAUGGAACAGUUUCUUCAACCCAGAUGGCACCUUACGGGACAGAGGAGUGAAAAUGUUCAAAAAAAUUCGCAGUGGAGGAGUGGAUCCAAGCAUCAGGGCUGAAGUUUGGCCUUUCCUUCUUGGAGUGUAUGAUCUGAAUAGUUCUGAGUCUGAAAGAAGUGACGUUAGGAUAAAGAAUAGAAAGAAGUAUGAGAAGCUAAGACGUCUAUGCUGCAAGCUUGUAGAGCGCUGUGUCAAGCAACUCAAAGAGAUGGGUGAAGGUGGCAACGUAGAGUGCGGUAGUGGUCUAGAUGGUUCUGAAUCUUCUAGCUCUGAAAACUUCAUCAGUGCCAGGCCUUCCCUUUUUACUGAGAGAGAUGGCAUGGUUGACAGUGCUGCAGACCUACCACAAAACGUGGAAACCCUUGAGUCCUACUCGUGUCACAUUGAAGAAGACGAAGGCAAGAGUGGUGUCACUCAUCUUGAUACAUCUCCAAAGGAGAUAGAACCUUCUGACACUGAUUCUUCUGUUGAUGAUGAAAUAGAAACCAUUCAGAUUACUUCUCUUGCAAGAGCCAAUGAAGAGAACGGCCAAGAAGCCACAGGACCUGAUUCAGAUGACACUGAUACUCGCAAACCGAAGAAAACAGCUGAGGAUUUUGAGACGUGGCAGCGGAUCAUUCGGUUAGAUGCUAUCCGAGCUAAUGAUGAGUGGAUUAAGUACUCUAAAACCCAAGCGACAGUCUCGGAAGAUGCAGCUCAGCAGGCUGCCAUUGCUGUUGGAUUAAAAGAUUAUGAACACUUGGAGCCAUGCAGAAUAUACCAUGCAGCUCGAUUAGUCGCAGUGCUUGAGGCUUAUGCAAUCUAUGACCCAGAGAUUGGUUAUUGUCAAGGCAUGAGUGAUCUCCUAACCCCUAUAGUCACUGUGAUGGAUAAGGAUGAUGAGGCUUUUUGGUGCUUUGUUGGGUUCAUGAAGAAAGCUCGGCACAACUUCAGGCUUGAUGAGGUUGGGAUUCGAAGGCAGUUAAGCAUUGUAUCAAAGAUUAUAAAAUGCAAGGACACACACUUGUUUAGGCAUUUGGAGAAGCUUCAAGCAGAGGACUGUUUUUUUGUGUAUAGGAUGGUGGUCGUGAUGUUCCGGAGGGAACUGACAUUCGAGCAAACUGUGUGUUUAUGGGAGGUCAUGUGGGCAGACCAGGCGGCAAUCCGGGCAGGUAUUGGGAAGUCAGCAUGGGGGAGGAUAAGGUCACAGGCUCCGCCAACUGAUGAUUUGCUGUUAUAUGCCAUUGCAGCGAGUGUUCUUCAAAGGAGGAAGUUGAUAAUUGAGAAAUACAGCAGCAUGGAUGAAAUCAUCAGGGAGUGCAAUAGCAUGGCAGGGCAUUUAGAUGUGUGGAAACUCCUUGAUGAUGCUCAUGACCUAGUUGUCACUCUUCAUGAUAAGAUCGGAUGAUCUGCUGCCCUUUUUUUUUUUUAACUUUUAUUUUGUUUCCUUUCCGAUAGUUUGAGGCUUUGAGGAGAGCUAUAAAAUAUAGCGAAUAACAUGUUACUGUUGUUUAUCUUUGCAGAUUUUUUUUCAUUGGUGUUUACAAGUUGUUUGCAAUGAAAGGGAUUGCAUAAGUAGAGAAUUUCAAUCCAUUGUUAUCUUGAUUAUUCAGCAGCAAAUGCUGUGAAACUU